CGAUCAAACGAGCGGGGUAGGUAUGUAUGUACGUGCGGAUGCAUCACGUACUAUAUAAUCCGUAUCCCGCUCCUCCGCUCUCCGCACCCUGCCCUCCCACCUUCCCCCGAUGCCACGCAAACUCCACGAAGGCGUCACGCCCGCGUGGCCGCUCACGACGCUGCCGAUCCCGCCAACGUACGAAUUCGACGACAUCAACGUCACUCAGCACGCGGUGACGGCGUUGACGUCAUACGACAUCCUUCCCACGAUCCUUGGCGUGGAGCGCAUCGUCGUGCCGGGUCACCCUCGCAUAUUCCACGCACCUGCGCUGCCGUUGACACUCCCCCGCGACCCUCCCGCCGAGCUGAUAAUCGAAGCGUUCCCUUCGUGCCCGCUGGAGCCACUGUUCCGCGCACUGGCUGUUACCGCGCCGCACGUGGAUCCCGGAAGCUUCGAUAUCGUUACGGACCGUAGGAAUCUAAGACUGCUGCUGGAUUUUGUCAAUGAUGCGCCGCAGGAGUUUAGGCUUAAUGCGGAGGUCGUCGAUGGCACGGUUAUGCUGUGUGUGAGCAGUUUGACUAAUGCGAGGGUGCCGGGGCCGGGGGAGGAUGCGAUGGCGGAGGGGGAGGGGCAUGAGGGAGUGGGAGGGGAGAAGGCGGAGACUGAGGGAGACAAAGAGGAGACUGGAGGAGAGAAGGAGACAGUCGGCGAGAAUGUGGAGACAGGAGUCUCGAAGUCGGAGCCAUCACCACUCACCCCACCGCCCCCGACGGCGCCCCCGGAGCUAACCACGCCGACAGGCCACCGGCUGAUUUUCUCCGGGACGUUCGUGCCGCAAUCCUCCGUGCUGCAGAUCAAAUCCUGCAGCCUAAAAGCCCCGCCGGCCUCCAUUCUCGCGCGCGCCCUACCACAGAUGUGGUUCAGCCGCACGCCUCUAUUCUGCAAAGGCCUUCGCAGCGGCGACAUGUUCAGCAGGCUGCUGCUGAACAACCUCGAGGAGGAGGGCACGUUCCAGAAGUGGCAGGACGAGAAUGCGGAUAGCCUAGCGAAGGUCGUUAAGACCCUCUAUGCCCUCAAGAAUACUAUGGCGAGGCUGGCCGGGAAGGACGGCAGGAGGAGGUUUGCGAUUAUAUGUAGGAGGCCCAGAGGGAAGUUGCUGGUUAAGACGAAGCUCGAGGUCUAUGGACUGGAUGAGGCGUAUGAUUUCGGACUACCUGAGGAUCUGGUAGAGAAGCUGCGGGGGACCGGCGGGAGUGCGGCGGGGUUGGAGGCGGCGUUGAUGGGGUUGGAUAUUGACGACGACUUCGAGCAGGAUACGCCGCCGCCGCCGCUGAAUACUCCGCUAAGGAGGGGGGGUUUCAGAGGAGGUCGCGGUGAGGUGCUACACUGACCGCUUACUUGUGGAAAUGAAAUCGGUAUCGAAAUAUGUACUAUGGCAUGAGCGGGGUUCUAAUGUAUAAACCCCUGAUGAAUAGCUUCAAGAAUAAACUGAACGAAGCGAAACAAUCAAAGCUUCCCUAGUCGGAAGUGAUCGAUUCCGUAGACGCGAGUACAUUUGGAACUCGAGCUGUGAAAUUCGAGUCACUCCGCCAAAG